GUCAGUGUUCUUCUUUUACCAUUUUGUUGGCGUACACAGAAGGGAAGCAUGGAAAAGAUAACUGAUGUAAAGCAACCUGAAACUGGAAAUCAGACAGAGAAUUUCAUGGAUAUAGACGAGGCUGAUCCCGUUGAGAUGGAAAGAAAGCUUCUAUUUUUAAACUUAGAUUUUCAGCAGCUGGCUGUCAAUGAAAAUAAGAUAAAUGCUGAAAUUCGGAAAAGGGUCUGGAAACGGAAUAAAGGUUACAAUGCUGGAAUGAGAAGUGAAGUCAGGAGGCUCCAGUCAUUCUUCUCAUACAGACACCUAUCCACAUGGUGUCCGAAGAAGAUGGCCGGAGCUGGAUUUUAUUUCACUGGUGAGGAACAUAGUAUCCAGUGCUUCUGCUGUGGCCUUAUUAUUUGCACAACGAGCAUGGAGACAUUUCCAUAUGAAAAGCACAUCAAAUACAAUCCAAGUUGUGCGUUUAUACAAGGUAAAGACACUGGUAACAUUCCUAAAUAUGAGGUCCGUGUUCAGCAGCCAGAGAUCAAUCAGAUAGAUAUACAAAAUUUCAUGACGGAGGAGUCAAGGUUACUGUCCUUUGCCCGUUGGCCUUUCUAUUCUAAGAUUCGACCUGCUGAUCUGGCCAGGGCAGGAUUUGUCUUUACAGGUAGAAGAGACUCUGUUCAAUGCUUCUCCUGUGCAGGUUGUCUGUGUCACUGGGAAGAAAAUGAUAAUCCAUGGAGAGAACAUGCCAAGUGGUUUCCUUGGUGUAACUUCCUUCAAAGUAAGCUAACACCAGCUGAAGUCAGGAACUACAUUAAAUCUUACGUCGGAUUUGCUGGAUAUACGGGAAAGAAUUUUACGACAAUUCUUGGUGGCCAGACAUUACCCAUAGCUAAAAGGCACAGAAGUUUGAGUAUCUUUGAGGAUGAAGGAGUCCGACUUGAUUCAUUUAAGAGUUGGCCACAAAAUGCGCAUGCAAACCCUAUGGAUCUAGCAAGAGUUGGAUUUUAUUAUGUAGGAAUAUCUGACAAUGUAAAGUGUUUUACUUGUGGUAUCUGCCUUCACUUAUUUGAACCGGGAGAUGUUCCUCAUGUAGAGCACCUGAAAUACAGCCCCCAGUGUGAGUUUCUUCAUAAAUUGGAGCAGAUGAAAGACACAGAAAUUGAACAGAAAGAAGAAGCAGAUAACGGCUAUGUGCAAAUGGUUUACAACAAUGAAGAACAGAACAUUACAUUUACAAAAACUGGUCUUGACUUACAAAACGAACACUCUUCUUUUGGAUGGGAAAACCUGAGAAGACAGCUAGUGGAAACAUAUAAUAGUUCAAGUUUCAGCAAUUUGUCAUUGUUUCCUGAUUCCUCCCAUCUUUCCAUAGACCUGAAAUCCCUCUUUGCAGAUAUAUCUGUGGUCUUGAAGGACACCAGGAAUCAGCCAGUUCGGCAGCUGACAUUACCUGAUAUACUGUCCAUUCUGAGUGAUAUCACCAUGAUAGAAGGUGAGGCUGGCAGUGGGAAAACGGCUCUGCUCCGAAAAAUAGCCAUUCUCUGGGCCUCAGGAACCUGUCCCAUACUCAGCCGGUUCAGCCUUGUCUUUUAUAUCUCAGUUUCCUCCACUGAAAACCAACAAACAUUAAGUGACAUAAUCAGAGAACAACUGUGUGGAUCCACAACAUUGCAUGAUGAAAACAUUAUGGAAGAAAUUAUAAGUACUUUAGGGAACCAAGUCCUGUUUCUCCUCGAUGACUAUAAUGAGAUGGACCUGGUUCCUGGGGCAAUAGAUGAUCUUUUAUUAAAAAACCCAGCCAAUCGAGUAAGUGUGGCAGUCACUGUACGCAAUGGCAUGGGCAGGAAGUUGCGUAAGUUAUCAAGGACAGAACUGAGUAUCCAAGAAUUCCCUUUGUAUAGCUCUCUAUAUAUUUAUAGAAGGUCUUUUUCUCAUGACAUAGAAUUUCUUGAACAUUUUGUACUUCAAUUAGUUGAUUCAAAUACAUUACAAGCUGCAUUAAAGACUCCUCUCUUUGCAUUUUCCCUUUGCGUUUACUGGGUAGAAAACCCAAGUGAGAUCUUAUUUGAAGAUUCCGUCAUUUGCAAAAGAUACCUGAUGCACAUCAUGUUAAAACACUCUAAACUCAAAGAUAAAAUGGAAACCCUAGUUUCAGCAUGUGGAGAACUUGCCCUGCAUGGCCUUUUUCAGGCUCAGUUUGAUUUUACAGACAAAGAUCUCUGUGCAUUUGAUAUUGACACGGAAUUGGCUCUCAAAUGUGGACUUUUAAAGAAAUUCACCUCCCAGCGUCUUCGCCCUAUUUACAAGUUUUUUCAUCCAACUUUUCUGGAGUUUCUUGCUGGCAAAAGGCUCAGUCAAUACCUGGAUUCUACAGAUAAAGAUCAAUUAAAUAAAGGGAUUUUAUUCUUGCAGCAAAUCAAUAACAUUACAAAAUUUGUUGGACGCUACUAUGUGUUCCUGAAAUAUUGCUGCUUUCAUUCACCAGGAACAGCUUUAUUUGUGAUUUCCUAUCUCUUCGACCUUCUGAAUAAAAGUGAAGCAUUUGACUAUGAAGUUGGUGUAAAGAGUCACUUCGAACAUCAUCCUGAAUUAGCAUGGAGAGAGGAUAUUCUAUCAGUUUUAAAAAGCAACAAGCCAGACCUUCAUCUUUCAUUUGCUGUCCAUACGUUACUGAAUUUUGCCAUUGAUGUUGCGUACAAAAGCAAUUAUGUGGAUGAAUGUGCUCCCAUCAUUUUGCAAUAUCUUACCAGGAAGGAUAUUUGUGUGGAUUUAUCACAUCCCAGAAAGAGUCUUUUAAUAUUCCUCUCAAAAUACCCAGAAGGACUUUCAAUGAUUAACAGUCUAGAACUACGGAUGAUUGAACCAAUAAUGAAUAAAGUCCCCCAUGGUCCAGACUUUGGCUCUCAUUUAGAUGUGCCGACAGUUGACAAAGAUUAUUCUAAGGCUUUUAUGCUUUCAGAUGAGGCUUGGCACUCGGAUGUGAAAAACUAUUUUGUUAAAAGUAAAAUCAACAUUUCUGAAUUUGGUUUAAAUCAAAGUCAUCAUAAAAUUGAUGUUCUACAAGUUAAUGCAAGUGGUGAAUAUAUGAUUGAGGGGCCUGUUCUUAACAAUCUCUCAGUAUUCCUUUCUCUUUCCCACCAUAUUGAACUCAAUCUGAAGAGUUGUCCUGGUUUUGUAAGAAAUAUCUCACAUUGCAUUGAACAAUAUAAAACCUCUUUUGUGAAGUGCAGGAUAUCUACUGUGGAACUAACUAUAGAAGAGCAGAAACUGAUAACACAGAUGUCCACAUUACAGAGUCUGCAUAUGAUUAACAUAGCACCACCAGAAUAUAUUCUUUCACACUUGGACAAAUUCACACAGUUAAAGGAACUAAAGAUGGAUUUAGCUGAUUAUUAUGAAGUGUUUGACAUGAUGUCUGAUGGAUUUAAAAAACUACACUACCUUGAAAAACUAAUGCUGAGAAAUGUUAAUUUGGCCAAUUACUACCCUCAAUUAGCGGACUGUAUUUCAUGUUUCCCUAAUUUGACGACUUUUCAUUUAAAUGGUGACUGGUGUCCGAAUUUUGAGAAAACAAUGGGUGCAAUCUCUAAAAAUGGAAACAUCUGCGAAUUAAAUCUGUAUGGAUUAUUGAUAAAGGACAGUGAAAUUAUCCAUCUGGUAUCGGGAUUAUUUUCACUAAAAAAACUUAAAGUUUUGAAUCUUCUAGCACAUCAUUUUGUGGAAGUUGAGGAUGCAAAGAUCUUUGUACGAGCCUUGUCAUCAUUGGUGCAGUUGGAAAAACUGGCCGUUCCCGGUGGACCUGGAAUCACAGAAACAAUUAGCUCAAUUAUAGAGCAGUUCCAAUUUCUGCCAAACCUCAUGGAACUACGUCUCCAAACCCACAUUUUAAAUGACCACAGCUUACUGGAGUUGGCGACAGCUGCAAGGGAAGGGUUUUUGAACAACAUCCAGAUCUUAAACCUUGGUGUUAACCACGAUAUUACCCAAUCUGGGUGGAGAGACUUUUUCCAGACUCUAGAUAAUCUGCCCCAUUUAAAUGAGCUGUUUAUUAACAGACUUCAUAGCCACCAGUUUAAAACCGAUGCGUCGACUCUGCAUUCAAUAAUUCAGUGUGUGUCGCGACUUCACAGCUUAUCCUUGUUAGACAUGCACGGAUGGCUACUGGACAAAGAUGACCUAGAGAUGUUUAACUCCAUGAAACGAAAGCAUCCUCAGGGUAAAAGCUUCGCACUUCUAUGGCAGUGGAUAUUACCGGUUCGCCCUAUUGUGAUCGACUAAGUGGUCUGCACCUUCAAAAUUCUAAAAUUGCAAAAAUAUUUAUUUUACAGUUGAAAUUUUAAUUUUUAUGUUUUGUUAUUUAUUAAUGACACCCAUUUUAAAUGCUGCUUGAAAUAUAAUUUGUAAAUACAAAUCCACAAGAGACAUCAUGGGACAUGCCCUAAAAUUACUAUGGGGGAAAAAAUGUAUGUAUGCUAAUGCAAUUAUUGAGAAAAAAAAUUACACUCAUAUUUUAUGCGUUUUACUAAUGUGCAAUUU